GAAAAAAGAAGUCAAAAUAUCGAGGAGUUGACAAGUCUCCUGCAAAGACCCCUGUUGGUCUUCAAUAUGCAUCCAGUUUUUCCUUGGUUUUCAUUCUAUAGAGAGAGAGAGAGAGAGAGAGAGAGAAACAUGACUGUAGGAGAAGCUUUUCUCUCAGCCUUUCUGCAAGUUCUGUUUGAUAAGUUAGCUUCUCGUGAGUUUAUAGUCUUCAUAUUUGGGAAGAAAUAUGAUGAAUUGCUUGAAAAGUUGAAGAUUACACUGUUGAGUGUCACUGCGUUGCUUAAUGACGCUGAGGAGAAACAAUUCCAUAGCCCUACAGUGGAGAAAUGGCUGCACAUGGCUAAAGAUGCUAUAUAUGAUGUCGAGGACAUACUGGAUGAGCUAGCUACUGAAGCCCUCAAACUGAAAUCUAAAUUGGAAGCUGAAUCUGAGGCUAUCAAAUCUGAUCAUAAGGUAUGGAAGAAUUUGAAGUCUGUUACAUCUUCUUUUAGUCCAUCUGGUAGAGGUGUAGAGUCUAGAUUAAAAAAGAUAAUUGAAUGGUUAGAAUUGAUUGCCAAGUAUAAGCAUGUUCUUGGAUUGAAGGACAACAAUGGAGAGAGGUCAUGUGAGUUAAAGCAAAGGUUAGGGACAACUUCUUUGGUAGAAGAAUCUUGUGUUUAUGGGAGGGGUGAUGAUAAAGAUAUGAUAGUUCAACACUUGCUUAGGGAUGAAACUUGUAGAGGUCAUAUUGGUGUCAUUUCGAUUGUUGGAAUGGGGGGCAUUGGGAAGACUACUCUUGCUCAAUUGGUUUACAAUGAUCAAAGAGUGGACAACCAUUUUGACUUGAAAAUUUGGGUGUGUGUGACUAAUCAAUUUGAUGUAGUGAGGGUAACAAAAACAAUUCUUGAAUCAAUCACUCUGAAAAGUUGUGAUCUUGAUGACUUAAAUUUGCUUCAAGUUAGUUUGAAAGAGCAUUUGGCGGAGAAAAGAUUUAUGCUUGUUUUAGAUGAUGUUUGGAGCAAGAGAAAUAGUGAUUGGGAUGUGUUGUGGAAGCCAUUAAAAGCAGGGGGGAGUGGGAGUAAAAUCAUAGUAACAACACAAAAUGGUGAUGUUGCAGCAAGCAUGAGCACGGUUCCAUCUCACUACUUAAGAUCAUUGCCUUAUGAGGAUUGUUGGUUGUUGUUUAUUAGUCAGGCAUUUGAAAAUAAAGAUAAGGAUAUUGACGUUCAUCCAAAUUUGAAGUCCAUAGGUGAGAAGAUUGUGAAAAGGUGCCAAGGCUUGCCACUGGCAGUAAAAAGACUGGGAAUCUUAUUGCGCUCAAGAGCUAAAGAAGAUGAAUGGAAAGAUAUAUUGAACAGAAAAAUAUGGGAUCUGCCAGAUGAAGAAAGCGACAUUCUUCAAACUCUGCAAUCGAGCUAUCAUCAUCUUCCUACACAACUAAAGCAGUGCUUUGCAUUUUGUGCUGUAUUUCCCAUAGGACACGAGUUUGAUAAGGACUCAAUUGCUCUGUUGUGGAUGGCAGAAGGUUUUCUUCAACAACCAAAGGGAAACAAACGAUUGGAAGAUGUUGGUCAUGAGUAUUUUUGUGAGCUUGUAUCGAGGUCAUUUUUUGAGCAAUCUGUUGAUAAUAAUAAUAAUACAUCAUCCAAAUUUGUGAUGCAUAGCCUCUUGAAGGAGUUAGCUGAUUUUGCUUCUGGAGAAUUUUGUAUCCAACUAGAGGAUAAAACACAAGGUGGGGACCAGAACAGAAUUUUUGAGAAGGCGCGUCAUUCAUCUUACUUUCGUGGUAAACGUGAUGCCUUGACAAGAUUUGAGGCUCUUAAUGGGGUUGACUGCUUGCGUACAUUCCUUCCUUUGGAUCCAAUAAAAAGCAUUGGAGUAAGCUAUAUGGCUAACAGUGUUCCUAAUGAUUUGCUACUAAAGUUAAGCUAUAUGCGAGUACUCUCUUUCAAUUCUUGUCGAAUUACUAAAUUGUCAGAUUCAAUAGGUAAUUUAAAGCAUUUGCGUUACCUAGAUCUUUCUUACACCGCAAUCAGAGAGCUACCUGAGUCAACAAAUACUCUCUACAAUUUACAAACAUUGAACUUAUCACAAUGUCGCCAUCUCACCAAGCUGCCAUCAAAGAUGGGGAACUUGAAAUCCUUAAGACAUCUUUGGAUCAAUGGAAGCAGAGUGGGGGAAAUGCCAUUGCAACUAAGUGAAUUGAGGGAUCUCCAAACAUUGUCAAAUUUUGUGGUUGGUAAAGAUUGUGGUUCAGGAAUUAGAGAGUUAAGAAAUAUGAAACAACUUCGAGGGUCACUCCAAAUAUCAGGAUUGCAGAACAUUGUCAAUUUUGUUGAUGCCGUGGAUGCUAAUAUGAAGGAAAAACAGGAACUUGAACAACUGGUGUUUCAAUGGAGUAAUAGUUUUGAUGAUUCUUUAACCAAUGAAGAUGACGAGGAAGUAAAAUAUGUGCCACAACAUCAAUAUGUAAGCAAGAUUGGAUACAGAAGUACAAGGUUUCCGAGCUUUAGGGAAACAAUGGAUGCUUAUAGACAAAAUUUUAUGGAUCUGAGGAUGGAGGUAAGCCAUGUUCUGGAUAUUUCAAGGGAUGAAAGAGUUGAAACGCUUGUACUGGAGAUGCUAGAACCCCACAAAAAUAUCAAAAAGGUUACUAUUAAAGACUAUGGAGGCAUAAAGUUUCCAAGAUGGAUUGGAUCUCCCUUGUUCUUGAAUAUUAAAUUCUUGAAGAUUAGUAAUUGCAUGAAGUGUGAUUAUCUACCAGCUCUUGGGCAGUUACUCUCGCUGAAAGACCUUAUUGUUGAAGGGAUGGAAAGAAUAAAGAGUAUUGGCAUUGAAUUUUAUGUGGAUGGACAUCAUUCUGUCCUACCAUUUCCAUCUUUAGAAACCUUGAAAUUCGAGAAUAUGUUAAAUUGGGAGGACUGGUCUUCUUCAUCUGGAGUUGAAAGCAGCAAGGAGUUUCAUCAUUUACAGAAAAUUGAGAUACAAAACUGUCCUAAGCUAAGAAAAUUGUCACAUUGCUUUGUUGCCUUGAAAAACAUGAGCAUUAAGGGAUGCGAAGAACUAAUAGCUCUUCCAAAGCUACCAAGAAGUCAUGAAAACAUUCAAGAGGGCCGAGAAUUUCCUUGCCUCCUAGAGCUUUCCAUAUGGGAAUGUCCAAAGUUGAACCAGUUACCUAACACUCUUCCAUCAUUGACCAUGCUUGAAAUAGAUGGAUGUCAAAGUUUGGAGGAAUUGCCAAAACUUCCUUCGAUACGUGACGUGGAGUUGAAGAAAUGCAAAGCUGAGGUACUAGAAAGUAUAGUUGCACUCGAAUCACUUUCCUACUUGCGCAUGUGUCAAAUUUUGAAUCUCACAAGUCUACCUGAUGGAUUUUUCCACAACUUGAUAGCUCUUGAAGAGUUACACAUUACGCAUCUCAACCAUCUCACAACUUUGUCUAACAAGAUUGGAUUGCACAAGCUCCCAUGUCUUCAAAGGAUGGAAAUUUCAGGAUGUUUAUUACUAGAGGAGUUGCCCCAGAGCCUGCACAAACUCCCCUCUCUGAAAGAGUUGAGGGUUUGGAAAUGUCCUUUGCUUGAAUCCUUUCCGAGUACAGGAUUGCCUUCCACACUUACUGGCCUUGAAAUCAAAGAUUGUAAUGCUCUCCAUUCCUUGCCUGACUGGAAGACACAUGACAAGAAGCUCUCUCUGUCACUUGAAUACUUGAUUAUUGAAGGUUGUUCACUUCUUACACAUUUACCAAGAGAUGACCUUCCAAACACACUCAAGGAACUUGAAAUACAAGAUUGUAGAAGUUUGGAGUCCCUUCCAAAAGAUCUAGUUCAUGACAAUUCUCUUGAACUUCUCAGUAUAGUUGGCUGCCAUUCCAUUACUUAUUUUCCUGCUUUUCAUCAACCUAUAGUCUCCUCAGGCAUGAUCACAAAUCUGAAACAACUCAUCAUCAAUGAUUGUGCCAGCCUAAAGUUAUUACCAGAUGGUUUACAGAACCUAGUACAUCUUGAUCACAUCGAAAUAGCUGACUGUCCACUUCUGCUGUCUUUUCCAGAAUCCGGCCUGCCUCUGAUGAUGCUGAGAUCUCUUAGAUUGUCCAAUUGUAGGAAUCUUAAGUUCUUACCAAAUCAUAUGCACAGCAGCCUCACAUCUCUUGAAGGACUAUCCAUAGAAGGUUGCUCAAGUGUUUCUUCAUUUCCAGAGGGUGGCUUGCCUGUUAAUCUGAUAUCGUUGUCAAUCUUGGACUGCGAGAAGCUUAAGCCUACAUUUGAAUGGGGGCUGCACAGACUCGCUCAUCUUACUAAUCUUGUGUUUGGAGGAUGCAAGGAGUUAGUGUGUUUCCCUGAUGAAUGGUUGCUACCUAACACUUUGUCCUCUAUUCAACUUCAGAGACUGCCUAAUCUUAAAAUGCUUCCUAAAGGGAUCGAAAACCUCUCCUCUCUAGACGAUUUGGAAAUAUGGGAAUGCGAUAGCCUUCAGACGCUCUUCGAUGAUCAGCAGCCUAAGAUGCUUGAGAAUUUUUAUCUUUGGGAUGUACUUUAAUAAUAUAUAUUUUUAUAAACUUCAAACUUCAAGGAUUUAUAUUGUGAUAGUGAACUGAGUACUUAUGACAUUGGUCAUUUUCUGUA